AUGAAACUAAACCCAAUAAUCAGCUGGGUAGCGGAUUUCACUUGUUGCUUGUUCGACUGUGCGCAGACAGAAGAAACAGAAGAAAACGCAGGGGGCUGGGGGGAAAGCGACUGUGCUAGCCUGCUGCUUGUUCGACUGUUCGACUUCAAGACUUCAAGUUCGAGAUUUCACUUGUUCAAUCAUCCUCAGAUUGCCAUGGGGAAGAAUAAAUGCAUAACCUCUUUUUUCAAAAGAAAGAAUGAAAAUGAAGAACAAGUAAAGGGAAAUCAGGGAAUUGUUGAUGGAAACAAUGAGAAUAAACGUCAAAAAGCUUCAACAAGUGAACCGGUUAGUGAAGUGAAUAAUGAGGCGAAUAAAAACACUCCACCGGUUAAUGAAGCGAAUAAUGAGGUGCUUCUUUCCAUGCUAUCUCAUGCCAGAUAUGGUCAGGAAUCUACGAACAGGGUUAUUCCUAAUUUGAGGAGAAAGUUGAUUUCAGUUGGUAAACUGGAUGAUGAAGGGUUUAAUGUUCACUUUGGGGGUGGACAAUGGAAAGUGAUCAAAGGCAAUUUAGUGAUUGCCAAAGGAAAGAAGCAAGUUUUAUCUCUAGGAGGCUCAAGAUAUUAUGUUACUUUCAUCGAUGAUUCAACACGAAAGAUAUGGAAAUCUGCUGUUGAAAAUGAAACUAACUUGAAGGUAAAGUGCUUAAAGUCUGAUAAUGGUGGUGAAUACAUAAGCAAGCAGUUCACUGACUAUUGCGCCAAGGAAGGGAUAAAGAUGAUCAAGACAGUUCCCGGAACUCCUCAAUAG